CCGCAUAUCCGUCUCCUAGCCUUCGCACCAAUAUCGCCUGUCCUUCUUCUCUCGCAAUAUAUUUCCCGGCGCACUGCAUGGGCCACUUGCAGUAGAUGCAGCUUCUCCCUGGCUGCAAACUCGACGGCGCAUCCAGUCAAAACCGCACUCCGGCCUGUCAGCGUCAUCCGCAUAGGCUCUGUCGCUCCCUGUAAGAUUCAACCAUGGACGGCUAUCGCGGCCAGCCAGACCCUCACCAAGUUCCCUACUCGUCAUCCUAUGACCAUACCUACGACCCACGCCCGUAUCACCCAUCGUAUUACCAAGAAUCGCAUUUCCACGAUCCGUCUCGCCCCAAGUCGCGCUCAUCGUCCAAUGCCCCUUCCGAUGGCCUGCCCCAGCAGUCGCAACAGCCGCUCAAUAAUGCUGUCAACAAUGCCUUCGACAGGUCCGACUCCGCGCGCACAGUGGAUCCGGACCUCAUCGCCCAGAUCACGGCAGAGGUGAAGAAGUCGUUGCUGGACGAGAUCAAAAUGAAUGGAGGGGGUGCCACAGGCCAGCCUGCGCCGCCGCACCCAUACGCCCCUCAAUCCCCGAUUUCCACGACAUCGCUGCCGUCGAGAAACGUGUACACUCCGCCGUCCCCGAAGCAAACAGACUUCUCGAGCCACGGGUCCACAUCCCCUGAUCCGUUAGCGCGCGAUCCCAUGUUUGACGGCGCUGGCGACACGCCCACCCCAAGGCACGAAAGGAGCGCACCAGUCGACAUUCCGCAAGACAAGUCAAGAUCGCGGCCCGCUCCCGCAUCCAGGAUGCCGACAGAUGGGGACUACACGCCUAUUGAGAGGAUGUGGCAGCGGCUGUUUGACGUGCAUGGCCAGCCUAUGCCUCGCCUCGGACAGUUUCUACGAGGUCUGGCCAUACAUCUGAUUGACGACUACGAACCAAAGAAGAGCCUAGUCAUUACGCCUGCUAAGAUGCUCAAGUUUUACGAUGAUGCUAAACUUAAUGACGAGAUCUACCCAUGGCAGAAAAUCUUUGGCAAAUUGCCAUACUCAACAUUGAGCAAAAUAUAUCGUGAGAUGCGUUGCCAGCACCAUUUAAUUCAAGAAAACAACGCAGACCAGCCCCAUAUUCCCGCGCUCACUCCCGACGGCUUCCAAGAGUGGAUGUCGGCCAUGAUUCAGGCUUACCCAGACGCCGAGUAUGACCGACUUUCGAAAGCGGUUCUUGCCAUGCCCAUCAGCAACGCCGACGACGCGAAGGAGCGAUUUCCGAAAGAGCUUCCCCGACGUCUCUUCCCGCAACACGAGAACCUGCAAGCCCAGCAACGGUGUGCAGCGGCUCUUUCCGCUGAAGGCGUUGGUCCGCUCCGCAGAGCCCCAACGUUUCCCCCACCACCGCCCAUGGGUCAGAGCGCAGGCGUGCCCCCUGGUCUAGAACGUCAGCGGAGUCCUUACGCAAGCCAACCAGACCCGAGGGCUAUUCUCACCGAUGAUGAGGAUGAUGAACCCUUCUCGAUUCCUCUGGAGCGCGAACGGAAACCCUACUCAUCCGCACCUGGUGGAGGGAAAAUGUAUGCCGAUGAUCUUAGUCGGAGCGUUCCCUCGGAAGCAUCGAUGCACGAGCAACGCCGUCGCGCACAAUCCACGGCUAGCCAAGGUCAAUGGGUGCCUCCGGCUAGCGCACCUCAUCACCAGCAACAGCAUCCCCGCACUGGCUCUCAGGCUAACGAUCGCCGACCAAGGAGCCCAAGCUUCUCUAGCUAUGGAACUAGGUCGGACCCGAGCGUCCGGGACAUACCAGGCAGCUAUUAUGCCUCAAACAUGUACGAUUCCGAAGAGGAGAAUCGUCGCUUUGCGAAAGAUGCGGAGAUGAAGCGCAACGACUGGGCUAGACGUCACGCCGAGGAGGAUACCGGUCCACACCGCCGCAGUACGACUGGCACUGACAGCUCUUUCGAUUCUCAGCCACGGUCAGUGUACGAUGAUGAAUACUACAGAAACAGAGGCGGAAGCAAUGGCUACGACAAUAGAGGAUACGAGCCUCGACGGUACUAGGGGGAGAUCUCCAUCUCCGCAAAAGCCCCGCAGAAUGCUAGCACU